GAGCUUAGCUGCGAGCCACCUUUGACCUCGGAAACAGACAAGACACCUGCCCAAGCUUCCUAAUUAUUAUAGUUUUGCAUUUUUCUAGUAUUUCCUUUUGCAUGCAAGCCCAAGACAGGAAUCUGACUUUCCAAGCCGUUCAAUGAUGCCUGUGCACCUGGAAGGGCUUUUAUGAUGAUUUCUAAAAUGAAAACGUCACCUCCCGUGAUCCUCCUCAUUCUGGCUGCUCUUCUGGCUCAGCAGAAAAUAUUAGCUCUGCAAGAAACUUGUGCCAUGGCGGAGAGAGCAGACAUGGUGUUCCUUGUGGAUGAGUCCUGGAGUGUCGGGGAGAGCAACUUCCUGCAGGUCAAAGACUUCAUCUACAACGUCAUCCGGACCUUUGAAAAUGUGAUGUUUGGAAAGGCCGGUGUCCGUGUGAGUGUGGUGCUAUAUGGAGAUAAACCAAGGAUAAGCAUCGACCUGACAGAUUAUAUCACAAUUGAGGAGGUGCUGGUGGCAGUUCGGGACCUGUCUUUCCAAGGUGGCAAUGCCAGGACUGGCCAUGCGCUCUCCUUCUUGGUUGACACAUUGAUUACUGCAGGAGCCUUGAGAGGAGAUGCAGCAAAGGUAGUCAUUUUAAUUACAGGAGGCAAAUCUUCCAAUUCAGUCGAAGAGCCGGCAGUGCUGCUAAAGGACGCAGGAAUAACAGUAUUUGCAGUGGGAAUAAACAAUGCAGAUCGAAAUGAGCUACGGAAAAUAGCAUCCGACCCUGUUGAGGAGCAUGUGCUUUAUGCUGAAGACUUCCAGGAGCUCGGCAGCCUUUCCCGAAAGCUCUCCAGACGGCUUUGCGUCACUGCUUCAGAGCCUCCACAACCGGUCAAGCAGAGAGACAAUGUGGAGAAGAUAACCAAGCCACGGGACCUGACGGUCAGCGAGCAAAGCCACAACUCUCUGAGACUCACCUGGACACCAGCCACAGGGAAAGUGACCGGCUACCAAGUCCUCUUUGAUUCACUCUCAGCUCCUGGGCAAGAUGUUCCAGUGGAUCAGCGACAGAUUGUUUUGGAUGCCAGCGAGAGCACAGUGUUUGUGACAGAUCUGAAACCUAACACGAAAUAUUUCUUCACCGUCUUGGCAGUCUACGCCGACGUUCUCGGAGAGCCAGCAACCGUCAAAGGCAAAACAACAUCCAUUCCCCCGGUGACCAAUUUCCGGGUCAUUGAAGAAGGACUUUCAAGCCUCAAGGUCGCCUGGACUCCACCGUUAGGGAAACUGGAGGGCUAUAAGAUCUACAUCCCCAAAUCCAACAAGACUGGGAUGACCUCCGAGAAGAUUCUAGGAAGCGGUAUCUCCUCACACCUUCUGGAAAACUUGGAAGAGGAUAAAGACUACACGGUCAGCAUAUACGCAGUCUACCCAGAAGGCCCAAGCCAGCCAGUGUCAACAAUGGGCAGAACUUUGAAGCUAUUGCCUGUAAAAAGCAUCUGUCUCCAGAACGAGACAACCAAUACCAUCCAGGCCAGAUGGAUGCAAGUCAGGGGAGCAUCCGGAUACAGACUGACAUGGGUGUCUUCAGAAGGCAGUGUUCAGAACGUGAAUUUGGGUGAAACGUACAGCUACUACAUGAUCCAAGGUCUGCAACCUGGGGCCGAAUACACCGUCACGGUUAACCCCAUCUUCGGUGCCACUGAAGGUCCCAUAGUAACUGCUAAAGCAACAACUUUAUCGUCAAGUGCUGUGCAGAUUUUGAAAGCAACAGAUAUCACAACCAAUUCCGCCUUGGUUUUCUGGAAUUCAGUCCCAGGAGCAGCGGGAUACCGAGUGACAUGGGGCCCGACUCCAGAGUUCUUCGGCAGAGACCGUCCUCGGCAGCUUGCUCUGAACAGCUCCACCACCUCUUUCCACUUGCAAAACUUGGCCCAUGACACCGAAUAUGUGAUUUCCCUCUACGUUCUUUUUGGUGCGGUGGAAGGUCCCGGGAUCACUAUUACUGCGAGGACAUCUCCUCUGGGUUAUGUCUCUGCUUUCAAGGUAACGUCUUACACAAGUACUUCCAUCUCUCUGUCUUGGAGCGCGGUUCCUGGGGCCACCAGAUACAAAAUCACCUGGAAACCAGAUGACAAAGAGGAAGUGGGAGAUACUGUUAAGAAUGUGCUCCUCGGUGGCCAUGUACGAGCUCAUCAAUUGGAGAAUCUGCUGCCUGGCAUCCAAUACACCAUUGGCAUCUGUGCCAUGUUUGGAAGCUCUGAGGGGAAAGUAGUAACACUUACUCAAAACACUGGUCCUCCUGCGAAUCUAUCCAUCCCUCUUAUGACUGCUAUGCCAGAAAAAACCAUCACAACAAAACGUCAGCCGAUGCGUUCCAGUCCAUUUACUCUUCCUACAGCCACUUCCCUCGGGCCAAGAUUCACUGCUGCACACACACAGAGAGUCACUAAGAUGUCUGUCUCCUCGGUGACCACUCCUGCCCCAAUCUGCAGCAAAUUCAAAGCAGACAUUGCCUUCCUGGUGGAUGAAUCUUCAAGCAUCGGACAAAGCAACUUCAUCAAAGUCAAGGACUUCCUCUUCCGCAUUGUCUCCUAUUUCCCCAAAAUUGGGCCUGAAGGGACACAGAUUGCUGUCACCCAGUACAGCGAAGAACCCAGAAUGGAAUUCCACUUUAACCGGUAUAAAGACCGGAAUGGUGUGCUGAAAGCUCUCAAGAGACUUCGUUAUGUUGGGGGAAACACAAAAACAGGAAGAGGCCUUCGCUAUAUGCUGAAGGAGGUAUUUCAAGCUUCCAAAGGGAUGAGGCCUUCAGUGCCACACACAUUGGUUCUGCUGACAGAUGGUCCCUCUCAGGACGAUGUGUUGCCCCCAGCCCAAGUGGCCCAUGUUCUAGGGAUUCGUCUCAUCAUUAUAGGUGUUUCAGGAGCUGACCCUCAGGAACUGAAGAAGAUCUUGAUGAACCACAACUUGGAAAAUCUCUUCUAUGUCAGCACUUUUGAUGAUCUCCCACAGAUCAUAAGGGAACUCAUAGAAACUAUUUGCUUUGGCUCCCAGCAAGGCACUAUUGUGACAAAACAUAGCAAGCUUGAUGACAAGGAAGAAAAGAUGGACAAGUCGCUGCUUGGUGAAAAAGGAGACCUGCCCAUCUCUGUUCCAUCUUCUGUCCCACUGGUGGUCCAGCCCCCAGAAGGACCAUGUGGCCUCAGAUGCCCCAAGGCCCAGAAAGGAGAGAAGGGAGACCAAGGUCCACCUGGAGAUGCGAGCUUUGCUGGUCUACAAACAGGAGGGGGAUAUGACCCAUUCAGUUUUGCCACCAAAGGAGAGAAAGGAGAGCGGGGACUUCCAGGGAAAGAUGGCAUUCCUGGACUGCCUGGCAGGCCUGGGCGAACGGGCUCCCCUGGCUCUCCUGGACUGAUGGGCCUCCCUGGCAUUCAAGGGGAUCAUGGUCCACCUGGAUUUCCUGGCUCACCAGGGCCAAAGGGGGACAGAGGGGAGCCGGGAUACAUGUUAGGAAGCAUGGAAGUAAUCCCAGGGCAAGGCGGACAACCUGGCCCACCGGGUUACAAGGGACAACCAGGAGUGCCAGGAGUGCCAGGCCCCCCAGGUUUGCCCGGUUUACCUGGACCUCAAGGACCGCCUGGUUUGUCAGUCAAGGGUGACUCAGGAGAUCCUGGGAUCAGAGGACCUCGAGGAAAAGGUGGGACCAAGGGAGAGAAAGGAGAACCUGGAGAAAUGGGAAAGGCUGGCUUACCUGGACCAAUAGGGCUGGAUGGGACUCCGGGAGCGUCUGGACCAAAGGGUGAAAAGGGUGAAGCAGGGAUUGGUGUUCCAGGGAUCCCUGGUCUCAAAGGAGCCGAAGGAGACAAGGUAGGCUUCACCUUUGCCAUUGAGAUUUCUGGACAAAGGGAUGCAUGUGGAACUAAUACACACUGCAUGAUUCUAGCACUUCAGUAG